GCAACUCUCAAUCAUACAAACAAGAUGGCUGCCAAAGAAAAAGGAGCGGCAGUUGAUGUUCUUGAGAAACGAAUAUCAGAGCUCGAAAGACGAGUACUUUCCAGUGAAGAAGACGUUCUUAAUCUCAAGGGUUCAUCGUGUUUGGGAACUUUGAGCAAUGUUCAGAAAAAUCUAAAUAAAAUUGGCUCCAAAUAUGGCAGAAUAGCAGCAGUAUGGAAAAAAGUGAAAGAGCUAGAGAUAUUCCUCUCACCAGAGUUCUUAGAAAAUGCCUCACUUACAGAUGAUGCUAAAGCUGACAUAAUUAUAGCAGGUGAGAGCCAGCUGAUGGCAUGUGCAGAUCAGCUUCGACAAGUUGAAGACUUGAAAAAGGUUGUCACGACAGAACCGCUCAAAGAUUUGCCAACCUGGUCUGCCAAACUACAGCCACUAGUAGAACUUCAUAUCCAGCAAAAGGAAGAAUUCACUGGAGUUGAUGAAAGAUUACAUAAUCUUCUAACAGCAUACAACAACAUUAUAAAUCUCUUAUCAAAACAGUUUGUUCAGUGGGAUAAUACUUUGACUCAGAUUGAACAAGCCAUGGAAGUCAAACCAGCCGAUUAGUUCUUGUGACAUCUAUCAAAACAAAUGGAGAAAAUAUUUAAGGGAUUGUAAAAAGGUCAUUUUAGGAACUGUUUAAUAAAGGUCAACAAGCAGAAAA